AUGGGCUACUCGUGGCCAGAAGCAGCCCGCGAGCGCGAUCUCCACAGGUUUGGGUUAUGCGAUAGAAACGCUUCGGCUGCAGCUAAGGAUGCUUACAGGUACUACCGCCCAUGGCUCGAUGCACAGAGCCUGGUUGACGCUGCCGACGGUUCUGGUAAAGGCCUGACCUACUCUGGCUUCCAGCCCCAGACGUCGCGCGAUCGAUCACUGACUGCCUUUGCGCAGCUCGCCACGCUUCGACUCGAUACCCGGCGGGCAAUGGUAUCGCUGAUCGACGCGCACCACCAGUACAUUCUUGCCGAGGCCACGCGAACUCUCUCGCUGUUCAAGCCUGUCGCCGAAGAGCCCGAAGACGAGGUCUGGCUGGGCAACGCCAUCUUGACCAAGACCGAUGCUGUCUGUUACCAUACCUUCUCCUCGACCUACACGGCAAAAGAGGACGAUGGGAGCACCUACACUGGCGAAUGCAUGGUCAUACCUGAUUGCAGACUAGACGCAAGAUUCGCCGAUAGGGACUAUGUUAAGGGUGAGCCUGGUGUGAGGUUCUACGCAGGCGUCCCCAUCAUUACCAAAGCAGGCCAUCGCAUUGGCGUCUAUGCUGUUUCUGAUGAAAAGCCUCGCGAUGGAAUCAGUGCUGGCGAACUGCGCUUCAUGCAAGAUGUCUCCGCCGCCGUCAUGGAGCACCUCGAGCUGGCCAAAGACAGCAUGGACCGCAACAAGGGUGAGCGCAUGGUACGCGGCUUGACUCAGUUCAUCGAGCGCUCUUCUUUACAGGACAGCCGAGAAGACGGCAACCGGCCCACCACUAUGGAGAAGCAGACCGAGAACGCGCGCUUACUAGCCCUUGACGAAGAAGAAGGCCACAACACGUCUGUACCUGCCAGACAAGCUCACCGCAAGCGUGACGCCGAAUCCGACGCAGCUCGUAUCUUCCACAGCGCCGCUCGUAUAAUUCGCGAGAGUACUGAAGCCGAUGGUGUCGUCUUCUUCGACACUUCGACCGCUGGGAUAAGAACCCAUCUCUACGACUACAAUCGCGCAGCCGGCAGUAGCGAUGAGAGUGCGACACAUAACACUGAUACCGGCGAUUCGACGGCUUCACGAAGGCUCAAGAAACAGACAGUCGUCGCCGCGGAUGGCGUAUCCGAUGCAAAUGGGACUGACAGCAAGGCCUGUCCUGUGGUCGGACUAUCUUUACGUGAAGGCAAUGCGGCCCUAGUGCACACAGACUUCAGCUUCAAUGAAGCUGCCAUGGAGCGCUAUAUCCAUCGAUAUCCGUACGGGAAGUUCUUCAACUACAACGAGGAUGGCAUGGGCAUCAACUCUUCUGAUGAGAAGUCUGAACGUUCCGAGACAGAACAGUCCGAUCGUACAGUCGACGAACCCGCCGCCAACACCAAGAAGGCGCGCAAAAAGCGAGAAAGAUUCAUCCCAACCGAGUUCCUCAAAGUUCUGCCAAAGGUUAGGAGCCUUAUCUUCCUGCCACUCUGGUGCCCGGCUACGGAACGAUGGAUUGCUGGUGGCUUUAUCUGGACCACACAAGCCGGAAGGUUGAUGAGCCCGGAUAACGAGCUCCCAUAUCUCCAAGCAUUCGGGAACUCAGUGACCAGCGAAGUAGCACGACUCAAUGCGCAGAAAGCGGAUCGUGCCAAAACCACAUUCAUCGCGUCUAUAUCACACGAGCUGCGUUCGCCCCUGCAUGGUAUCCUUGGAUCUGUCGAGUUCUUACGCGAGACGGUGGCAUCGGCGUACCAAGAGUCUUUGGUGUCUUCUAUCGAAACUUGCGGCAAGACACUGCUCGAUACGAUAGAUCACGUGCUUGAUUACGCAAAAAUCAACAAAUUACAGAAAGUCUCUGGUCAGAACAAGCGAAGCCUGGGGCGAAACAAGCGACAGCCUUCUGAUAAUUCGAUUCUUGGUGUUACGUCCGACUUCGAUCUAGCACAACUAGUUGAGGAAGUUUGCGACACUGUGUGUGCUGGUCACACGUUCAGGAAGACACAUCACAUCAAAGGAGCCGCAAUCUACGAUCAAGCUGAGAGCAAGGCGGCAACAACGUUCCUCCAGGACACGAAUAGCAGCAACGAAGUGGCAGGCAGAGAUACACAUGGCUCUGUUGCUGUGUCUUUGAUCGUAGCCCCAUACGUCAGUUGGAUCGUGAGAUCGCAGCCCGGUGCUCUGCGACGCAUUGUGAUGAAUUUACUUGGGAACGCGCUCAAAUACACCGACUCUGGCUAUAUUGCUAUCAACAUGAUACAGCAAAAAAGCUCCGCCAACUUCAUGGACCUAUCUCUUAGUGUGGAAGACUCCGGUCGGGGAAUGUCGCAGGAGUACCAGCGGACAAAGUUAUUUUCGCCAUUCAGUCAAGAAGACCCUUUCAGCUCCGGUACCGGAUUGGGUCUCUCGAUCGUCAAGCAGAUCAUAGAAUCCCUGAAAGGCGAGAUUGAAGUAAGGAGCACGCAUAACGUUGGUACUGUCAUCAAGAUCAGCAUACGUCUACCCAUUGGCUCCAAGGCGAAUGCCCACCAAGAUCAUGCUCUUGUCAGAGCACCCCAAGAGCUGAAGGACACAUCUGUCUCCAUCGUUUGCGACAUGACUAACACGCAAGGUGGCGAGCGGGGGCUAAAAACCAAGGAGUCCAUGGAAAACGCUUGCAAGAACUUUGACAUGAAGAUCGUCGCCUCGAAGCACGCCAGCACUGACAUCUCGGUCACCGACAUCGACUUUCUGCUCAUCGACUCGCCUUCUCUCUACCAAUUGAUGCAGAACUCGAAUGCCAACACUGCAGAGAAAGUAGCAGCAGAGACUCAGCUUGCGAGACAAAUCGAAGCGCUUGGCUGGAUCAUUGAAAUAGUUACACAGCCCUGCGGACCUCGAAAGCUCGCUCGGACACUUCUAUCAUGCCAGAACCGCGCCUCACAACACAACAACGAGCGACACAUCAGCCGAUCGAUGAGCUCCUCAUUAGUCCAGCCCGACCUUCAGUCUCUUGCACCGCCUCGUGCCUCGGCUCAGCGAAGUCUCAGUGACAUGUUCCCACAAGAUGUAUCAACGCGAAAGGCUGACGAGGCCGCCGGAUACCCUUCCCCGCCGCCACCGCGUCCCUUCCCAAUAACCACCACCCCUCUGAGUCCCACCCACAGCGAAGGCGGUGAAUACUUCAAUCCACGUGUCCUCCUCGUAGACGACAAUGCCAUCAAUCUGAAGCUCCUCGUCGUGUUCGCCAAACGGCAGAAUCUACGCUACGUGGAAGCUACCAAUGGUCUCGAAGCAUUCGAAACGUACAAAUCAGAAGCCAUGUCUUCUUCGCCGCCAGCCCGCCCUUUCGACUUUAUACUCAUGGAUCUGAGUAUGCCCGUCAUGGACGGUCUGACAAGUACACGUAAUAUCCGCCAAUUCGAGAGCAAGAACGGCUUGCCGAAAUCGCAUAUCGUCGCAUUGACUGGACUCGCGAGUGCGCAGGAUCAACAGGAUGCGCAAGAGGCAGGUGUGGACAUGUACCUUGUCAAGCCUGUCAAGUUUGCAGAUAUCAAAAGGAUUUUUGGUGGGAAGUGA